AUGACAAUAAACCGAUUUAGGGGACUCAUCAGCCUUCAAUCACUACUGAGUUCCCAUUUUCUCUCAAGAGUAAGUGGAUUUUGCUCGAAGGCCUCCACAACUAUUGACAAGGCAUACGACACGACCGAACAAGCACCGCUUCAUAAAAGAUCAACGAGGUACUCUAGCACGAUUCAUAUUUCUCCAUUGGUCAGUGAUAGCAGACCUCAUUUGGAUGGUUAUAAUAUUGAGCUCGUAGACGAUGACACCUGGCAGGUUUCAUCGGGUUUAGCCCAUGCAUGGCGAGGAUUGGAUAGCGAAAAGGAAUUGAAGGCAGAUAUUGAGGCAUUUGAUGAGCAGUUUGAUGAUGUUAAAUCUUUGCAGGGUGACCCUGAUUUUGAUGAGCUUGAUAAUAUGAGAAUUCGAGGCGAUCUUUUUUAUAAGCUUGAUCGGGACUCCAAAGAGUUUGAAGAGUACAGUUUUGACUUCCACAGGAAGAAUUCUUGGAGGAGAAAAGAUGAUCCUAAGGGAAAUGAAAAGCAAGAGUCUUCAAAGAGGAAUGAUAAUAGCAAAGAAAGCAAAAGGAAGGAAAGCCCAAGUCGUAAUUCAGCUUUUGAUGUUGAAAAACUUACAAAGAUAGCGAAGGAUCCAAAGGUUUAUACUUUGCUUGGUAAUAUGGAUAGUUCUGGUGGUGCAGAGAAGAAGAAGAUCAGGACUCCGACUUUCAAUCAGGUUACAGGUCCUUAUCAUGAGCCAUUUUGCCUUGACAUUUACAUAUCAAAAGCCUCUGUCCGUGCUUGUGUUGUUCAUCGGGUUACUAGUAAGGUGGUAGCUGUGGCACAUUCGAUAUCGAAGGACUUGAAAUUCGACCUGACUUCAACAAAGAAUGCAGCUGCUUGUUCUGCUGUGGGAGCUAUUUUAGCUCAGAGAGCAUUGGCGGAUGAUAUUCAUGAUGUGAUUUACACGCCAAGAAAAGGGGAGAGAUUGGAAGGAAAGCUUCAGCUUGUGCUGCAGGCUAUUAUUGAUAAUGGUGUUAGUGUUAAGGUCAAGCUUAAGAAAAGGAAGCCCUUGAAGGCUAGCCUCCAAUCCACUGGUUUGAAGCAUUGA